AAUUUACAUAAAUGGGGAAAACUCAAAGCCAAGAGAAACUUCCUUCGAUUGUUGAUACUAAGCAAGAAUCGAAAGGCUCAGAAGGACAAAAUAGUAUAAUUCAUGAAAGAUCCUCCAAGAUUCUUGUUCAACCAAAAGCUGCCGAGGGUCCUAGUCAUUGAUUAAAUCAGAUAGCGCUCAGUAUGACAGACAAGAAAAUUUGCUCAGGUCUUCCUCUAAAUUCUUUAUCAGCUUAUUGAGAAGCAAAGAGAAUUGUAGAGCAGAAGAUCCUCCAACAGUCUGAUGAAAGAGACUUGAGAGUAGUUACAAGACUAUAUGAGAAGACAAUGGAUUCCAAAUGGGAAAUAGACAUAGCUUAUGAUCUUAUGAUAAAUAACAAUCGUCAAUCAAGCAGAAAGCUUUUGAAGAGUCUGAAGUCACUGACUAUAUAGAUACAAUCAAAGUAAUAAAUGCCUCUCCCAAGAAUAAGCGCAUUCUGAAGAACUUCCUUCAGAACUCAUUUCCACGAAGAGUUAAAGACUUUACUCUGCUAAAUCAGAAUAAGGAUUCACUUCUGAAUGAGAAGUAUCUUCGAGGAGUCUCCAACAUCAGUCAUCAGAUAUAACAACUAAUGUCACUUUUACAAAUUUCAAAAUUAGCCAGUCUUCUCUGAUGAGGAUCCUCUCUGCAUGCAGAGACAAGGAAGAGAUCUUAUUUUAUAGCUGACACAUUUCUGUAGAAAAAGUACCUGAAUUUGGCCAUUCUUUGGAUGGAAGUACUAUCAAGACAAUGAACUUCUGAAAUUCUCAAAUAGUUGCAUUCUUCAAACAAGAAAUGGACUUUUGUAGCCUGUUGAACUUGAUUAAAGGUCUUUCAAAGUCAGAAGAUUUCAGGAAAUCUCUAAGCAGAAUUCUGUUCUCUGAGAACAUCGACAAGGACAAACUCGAGAAGAUAUUGCAAGAACUUGGAUUUUCCAAAACUUAUGUGAUUGUGUAUUAA